GAGACACCGGUCGUACAGCAAUGAGACAGCACUGUACAGGGUAAUGUUCCAGCUCAGACAUGCCUUAUGUGGAUCGUCAGAAUCGCAUUUGUGGCUUCCUGGACAUCGGGGAGCAUGAAAACAGUGGGAAGUUUCUGCGGAGAUACUUCAUCCUGGAUACCAGUCAAGAUAGCCUUCUCUGGUACAUGGACAACCCUCAGAACCUACCACUUGGCUCCCCCUCUGUUGGAUCUCUAAAGCUGACUUACAUUUCUAAGGUCAGUGAUGCCACAAAACUUCGACCGAAGGCUGAAUUCUGCUUUGUUAUGAAUGCUGGAAUGAGAAAAUUCUUCCUUCAGGCGAAUGAUGAGCAAGAUUUGGUGGAAUGGAUCAAUAUGCUCAACAAGGCUACUAAAAUUACAGUUCCAAAGCCCUGUGACCCACUAUGUCCCACUGACAACCAAAACAACCAGAUUGACAAUUCCGGGUGCAAAAAGCAGAUGUCUUACAGGACAGAUAUAGUAGGUGGGGUCCCAAUCAUUACACCAACACAGCAAGAGCUCAGUGAGUGUGCAGACAACGGUGAUCGCGGCAAACUGAAGCGCACACAGAGCCAGCUCCCAUGUUCACCCAACAGAGUCUCCGAGAGCAGAGUGAUAAAGGCCGGAUACUGUGUGAAACAAGGGGCUGUGAUGAAGAAUUGGAAGAGAAGAUACUUCAUUUUAGAUGAGAACACAAUAGGAUAUUUUAAGUCCGAAAUGGAUAGAGAUCCUCUUCGUCUCAUACAGCUGAAAGAGGUUCAGAAGGUGCAAAAAUGCAAACAAAGUGAUAUUAUGAUGCGGGACAACCUGUUUGAAAUUGUGACCACUUCACGAACAUUUUAUGUGCAGUCUGACAGUCCUGAGGAGAUGCAAAGCUGGAUUCAAGCCGUUUCUGGAGCUAUUGUGGCACAACGUGGGCCAGCUCGAUCUGCAGCAUCUGAGGCCACCAGCUCAUACCCUGACUACAGCUCAUCUUUUCGUGGCUUUAAUCUCCCUCACUCAGCCGCUCGAGUUCAACUCUCAGACCCAGUGCAGUCUUAUCGGGAGAAGCAAGGAUCAAAUGCCAUUACCAAGGCCCAGCCAGGAUACGGCAAGAUCCCGUCUCUCUCUGCAGGAAACCAGCCUAACAAAGUGACUUCCUCAGAUUCCGUCACCCAGCACAGCUGUCUUCCAGAACCUUUGAUCUUGGAUAUAGAUGAUGCCAGCCUACCAGUUACUGAUGUCUGAGCUCCCUUUGCCAAAUGUUGAGGGUCAUUUGGGUACCAUACAGCAUUAUCUGCAGUCCAUAAUCUUUCAGCACACUGCACAUCCAACAUCUCCUGACCUGCAUGCACUCUGCAGAGAUGGGAACCCUGCUUACUGCCAGGUAUAUUUAAGGACUACAUAAAGUGGAUUGUGCAAUGUGAAGAAAAACAUUCCCAAAACAAAUGUUGAACUUUCCUCUUCUGCAGCCAAAGCAAGAACACUUUCAUCAGGUUUCCCUUGUAUAAUGAACUGUUACCAGUGUCGUUGAGCAUGCCAGGUGUGGCAUGUAGUGCCUUGUUGCUCUU